CUCUCCCCCCGCCCCAAAGCAGUAUUUAUAGGACACAGGCUCUGCCCAGGAGCUCACUUCAGUCCACUUCAGAAAAGCAGAAGGAAGGAUGGCAGACCAAAAUGUGCACAAGGCUGGUUUUACGCCAGGUGGGAUAAAAGGAAGAUCAACUGGCUCCGAGAUAAUGUCCAGAGAGGCUAGGAGCCAUGGAGGAGGUGUGCCUUCUGGAGGACCUACUUCUACCCUACAAGAAAUGGGUGCCAAAAGCUCCACCCAUUCAUCAGGUUUCACCUCUACUGGGAUCUCCAGUGGAAGUAAGGCAUCUGGAAUGAUGUCCCACGAAGCUAAGUCUCAUGGAGGACAAAUACCAAAGGGUGGGACAACAUCCACCGUCCAGUCUGUCUCAAUGGGUGGUAAAGGAAAAUAAAAUGAAGAAAGAAGCAUUGCUCAGCCUGCCAGCCCUGCAGACACCACAUCCCUGGAUGACAUAACUGGCGACCUUUCCCCUUUCCCCCCACACCUUACUGAUAUGAAGUGUCAGAGCUAUAACAUGCAGAAUAAAACCUUUGUUGAAGUA